AUGUCAAGUUUACCAGCGACUCCCACAUCACCGCCAUGUACAAAAGCAAAGCCACUUAGAUGUAUCGUCUACCUAGAACCAUCGUCAAGCUCAAGAUUCUAUCAGAGUAUCGACGAAUUCUUUGCACAGACGUAUAAAUUAUUUGGAGCGAAUGAAGCUCAUCAUAACAGUAGUGAUAAUAAAGACGAUGAGGAACAUACUUCGUCAGAUUCAGCCUCUGUUUCGACGAUAACUCGUCAUCAUAAUCAUCCUCGACGACCACGACUAGCUGCUAUAGAGAAAUUAAAUAUAAUUGUUGAGGAAAUUGAUAAUUUUCUUACAAAGAACAAAGAAGAAAUUACACAUCCUCACGUAGAAGGAAUUUUACUGGUGCCACCGGAAUUGCCUUCAAUGUCAUAUCCGUCCUCAGCAGCUUCAUCCGCUCCGUCAACUCCUCGGUCAGCAUCACCGAUUGGUAUUCCCUCCUCGCCAAUUAGUCCAAAAUCCCCGAUACGUCAAGAGCAAUACAAGCUUCAUCGGCGUUCUUCAUCACACUCGUCUUCCUCCUCCAGAUCCUCGCAAUCACGAGACACAUUACAAAGUCUGCUAAUCCCGAUAAAAGCAUGUCAAAAACUUCAUGAAUUUGCUUCACAUCUAGCAAAUUUUUCACGUAAUGACCCAAGACUUGCACCUCCCUUACCAGCCUCAUCGUCAAGUAGCUCAUUUAUUCGACGAAAGAGUAUUAAUCAUAUCUCAUUAGCAUAUUGUGGCGAUCGGUUUGCCAAUCUGGAUGGGGUAAAGGAACGACUGACUGGCGAAGUGAUGCAAACAAUGUUACGGAUGGCGAAGGAAGGAAUUGUGUUUGACGAGGUGAGAGAAGACGCGUUGCAGAAAGCUGCUUGGGAUGUGGUAGUCUACGAACAUGUGAAAUCUUGCAGUCUUUUGGAAGAUAGACAUGUUUGGCGAGAAAUUAAAAGAUGGCGUGUUGCUGAUGGUGUUUAA